AAGAGUGGGAUGAGGAGCUGCGCAGAUAGCUUUCCUGUUGUGCCUCAGCAACACCGAAUGGAGAACUGACAAUACGAUCAUUUACAGCCUGCAUUCAUUGCCAAGAUAUCAAAGGCGAAUCAACUCGGCGUUGGUAAUGAAAUGUUCUUCAGACUAAAUGCUCUCGUCAUUCAGCACUAUGUGCUAUUCAUUUCCAGCGACUGCAGUGGAUUUGAUAGAGCAGUGGUGUGCCAGUCCAGGACUAGUGGUACAGUUUAAUCCCUGUUUUGGCAUCUUUCGUAAACACAAGAUGAGCCGCUUACGGUACAAAGUAGCGACUGUCAGAUGGAACUGCUCUGUCGCGCGCUGUGACCAGCCACGCAUAUGCCACGUGCGACUGCUGCUGCUGUGCUUGUGCGUGCUGGUGGCAAUGACAUUAACACUGGCAAUAUCACUAUCUAACCAACACACGAUAGAGUUUGACUUACCUCCCAGACCUCCCGACCUGUUCAAAGACAAGCUGAAUCACCAGCCAGGAAAGCCCACAGUUGCCCAGGUGAAGCGGCUUGUCUCGCAGGUGAGUUGGAGUAGACUUUGGUAUUCCCAUCUGCGACCCAUUCUCACUGAACGACAGCCAGGAAGUCGUGGGAGUCGGGCUGUUCGAAAACACAUCUUUUCUCAACUGGAUUCUCUUUCGGCGGGCUGGUCUGUCGAUGUGGACUCCUUCAUCUCUGAAACCCCUCGUGGCCCUGUUAGCUUCUCUAAUAUCCUGGCUGUUUUAGACCCAAAGGCUCCUCGACGAUUGCUUUUGGCUUGUCACUAUGACUCCAAAUUUAUACCGACAGAUCCAAGUGACCCACAGAAGGUGUUUGUGGGUGCUAGUGAUUCAGCUGUGCCCUGUGCUAUGAUGCUGGAACUGGUCACAGCUUUGGACCCACACCUCAAAAAGCACAAGCAGCUGAUGUCCAGGGUAACACUGCAGUUGGUCUUCUUUGAUGGAGGAGAGGCUUUCGAGCAGUGGUCUCAGACAGACUCGCUGUAUGGCUCACGGCACCUCGCAGACUACAUGUCUCGCACUCCUCACCCGCCGGGUUCUGAACAAACCACGCUGCUGAACGCUGUGGAUCUCCUUGUUCUUUUGGACCUUAUUGGUGCUCCUGAUCCCAUGUUUGUGAAUCACUUUGAGAACACAGCUCGCUGGUUUGACCGCCUUAUCGCUGCUGAGAAAAGACUUCAUAAUUUGGGGCUCCUUACUUCCCAUGCCAAAGAGCAGAGCUAUUUCAUAAAGGAUGUGAACAUGGGGGCAGUUGAAGAUGAUCAUCUUCCUUUCCUUCAGAGAGGAGUUCCAGUGCUGCACAUGAUCGCCACGCCGUUCCCUUCUUUCCUGCACACGAUGGAGGACACAGCGGAGAAGGUUCACGGUCACACCGUGGAGAAUCUCACCAAAGUCCUUGUGGUCUUUCUGGCUGAAUAUUUGCGGCUCUAGAAUGUAUAAUGUUACAUCCAACCACAUCCGUCGUGGAUCAGUCUAUACCUCAGCUGCGUUGCUUUACGAUAUUUGAUAUCAGUGACUGUACUCAGAGAUGAAUAACAUACUGUAUAUUCUCAGGCUGCCGUCCUAUAUCCUUACAUAAUAUGCUUACCUUUGAAAUUUCUGCCAUUGUUACUCAAUCGGUAUUGUGCCUUCAGAUAGUUUUGCUAUCUAGUAAUGCACCGUAUUGACAAAAUUAUAUUAUUAUCUGUGCCAAAAAAGAGGUUUACAAAAUUUAAUUCAUAUAUUCAGUAACUGUGCAAUAAAAUCAAUAGAAUGCAAAUUAGAUACUUCAAACUCAGGAAUGGAUGUGAACCUGAUGCUAUGUAAGAAAUUAUUACACUGCACUACAAUGAAGCUUGGUAAUGCUACAACAGUUCUGAUAAACUUCUAUAUUUAGUCUUGCAAUAAUUUUAUCUCUAAAUGUUCAAUCACAUGCUAGAUUAUUUAAUUUUUUAACAGAGAUGGAAACUCACUUAAGCGGCAAGAAAUAUUGACUUGAGACUUGACAUGGCAAGCAAUUGACUUGAGACUUGACUUGUACUCUAAAUUAGAGACUCUUCAGAUCUACAAGGACUUUUUUUCCUUAGAAGAAUGCACCUUUUUUUAAUAAAAGGGAAUAUUUAAUUCAUUCCCAUGAAAAUGAAGACUAAUUUGUACUGAGUGGGCAUUUAAGGUAAAAAUAUUUCAUACUGUAUCUCUUAUAAUAUGGUAUAAAAUACAACUUUUUGAUUCAAGUAAACCAAACAUACUUUAUUUUAGAUAAACAUUAUUUAAUGUCCAAGAAAAUCCCCCAAAAAAUAUAUUUGAAAAAAUAUAUUAAAUGAAUUGUCCUCUCUCUCUCUCUCUCUCUCUCUCUCUCUCUCUCUAUAUAUAUAUAUAUAUAUAUAUAUAUAUAUUUAUAUAUAUAUAUAAACUAUUUAAAAAAUUAAUUUAAGACUUGAGACAGACUUAUUGACCUUGAAAGACUUGACCUUGUGAGAAAAGACUUGAGACUUGCAUUAAUGAAUUGAAUAUGUGAAUAUGUCUGUUUUAUAAUAACGAAUAAACAUAUGUAUUUUACAGUUGCACAGUUUCAACAUGGACUUGUAUAACUUGAUAUGAAUGUAUAGUCAAUGUCUAAAUAAAGGAGGAAGUGAGUCUCA